UUCGUUUUUAUAAUCUUGGCCGAAGAAAGUACCAAUGACAUGUGGCUAUAAAUGUUUGGGAACAACUUUUCAACUAUACAAGAAAUCGAAAUUAAGGCAUCAACUUCGGUUCAUAUUAAUUGAAGCAAAAAGCAUGGUUUUAGUGUAAUUGAUGAUGGCAUUUAAGCUUGAGAAGCAGAAUAACUUAAAUUGGUGGGCAAUCUUUGCUGUAAUUACAGCAAUUGCAUUUGGAACAAGAUUGUAUAAAAUUGAAGAACCUGAUCAUGUAUGCUGGGAUGAAACACAUUUUGGUAAGAUGGGAAGUUGGUACAUCAAUCAUACAUUUUUCUUUGAUGUUCAUCCACCACUUGGAAAGAUGCUAAUUGGAUUGUCUGGAAAGUUGACAGGAUAUAAUGGAACCUUUGCUUUUAAUAAACCUGGUGAUAAGUAUCUCGAUCAUCAGUACUUAGGAAUGAGACUGUUUUGUGUUUUAUUGGGUACCAUCAUAAUUCCAUUUUCUUUCCUAAUUGUUUGGGAAUUGACAUAUUCUUUGUGUGCAGCUGCACUUGGGGCAUCUUUUAUCAUCUUUGAUGUUGGUAUGAUUACAUUAUCUCAAUAUAUUUUAUUGGACCCCAUACUUAUGUUCUUCAUAGUUGGAUCUGUGCUUGGCAUGGUAAAAUUUCAGUCAAAAAGACAAAAACCAUUCAGUGCCGUAUGGUGGUUUUGGCUGUUGUGGACAGGAGUUUUCAUGGCUUGUUCAAUCAGUGUUAAGUUUGUGGGACUCUUCAUUGUUCUGUUAAUUGGCUUCCAUACAGUGUAUGACUUGUGGAACAUUCUUGGAAAUCUGAACAUUUCAAUGGUUGAAGUGAUGAAGCAUUUUGCAGCUCGAGUGAUUUGUCUUAUAUGUGUUCCAGCCAUUUUAUACAUGUCAUUCUUUUAUAUUCAUUUAAAAACAUUAUAUAAAAGUGGGUCGGGUGAUGGAUUUUUCAGCUCUGCUUUUCAGUCACAGCUUGAGGGGAAUUCCCUGUAUCAUGCUCAUAUGCCAAGAGAUGUAGCAUAUGGAGCUGUUGUUACUAUUAAAAACCACAGAACUGGUGGGGGAUACCUUCAUUCUCAUUGGCAUUUGUAUCCAGAAAAUAUUGGAGCUCGACAACAACAGGUCACUGCAUAUUCACAUAAAGAUGAAAACAACAAGUGGAUGAUCAAAAAGUUUGAUUCUCAGCCAAACCCAAAUGAUCUCAAAAGUUCCAUUGAACUUGUUGCUAAUGGAGAUCUGAUUAGAUUAGAACAUGUUGUAACCAGGCGAAAUUUACAUAGCCAUAAAGAAAUGGCCCCUGUCACUAAAAGGCAUCAUCAAGUGACCUGUUAUGGCGAAAAUGGAACCGGUGAUGCCAAUGACGUUUGGAAAGUAGAAAUAGUCGGUGAAGGGGAACAUGCUACGGUUGCUACUGUCACAAGUAAAUUGCGUAUCAUUCAUUAUUUAACUGGUUGUGCCUUGCAUUCUCAUUCAAAGCAGCUUCCAAAAUGGGGCUAUGAGCAAAUGGAAGUUACAUGCAAUCCUAACUUAAGAGAUCCUAACAAUUUGUGGAAUAUUGAAGAUAACUAUUUUCCUAGACUGCCUAAUGUAAGUUUUGAAGUUUAUGCCCCAAGUUUUUUAGAAAGAUUUUUUGAAUCACAUGCAGUUAUGAUUCAAGGAAAUGCUGGUUUGAAACCAAAAGAAGGCGAGAUUACUUCAAAACCUUGGCAAUGGCCAAUUAAUUUAAGGGGACAAUUUUUCUCAGGCCAGCAGCUUAAAAUAUACUUACUGGGAAAUCCCAUAAUUUGGUGGGGAAAUUUAAUUGUCUUAUUAUUUUACUUCAUCUUAAAGCUAAUCAUUGCUAUUCAAGAACAACGAGGACUGAAACAACGGCAAGAACUGAAAGAGCUUAACGAUAAGACAAUGGAUGCAUGCUUGUGGCUUUUCCUUGGCUGGGCUUUGCAUUACUUGCCAUUUUAUGCAAUGAGUCGUGUAUUGUAUUUCCAUCACUACUUCCCAGCAUUGAUUUUCAACAGCUGGCUCUCAGCUGUUGUUAUUGAUUAUGUUUUGAAAAUAUUGUUCCAUAUUUUACCUGAAAAUAUUGCAUAUUUUCUAUAUCAUGGAAUUUUAGGACUGAUUUUAGCAACUCUAUCCUACAGUUUUGUAUUGUUCAGUCCAUUAGCAUAUGGAAUUGAGAACUCUGAAGCAACUAAUACUUCAACUACAAACAUUAAGUGGCUGGAUUCCUGGGAAUUUUAAUAUGUAUGCAUGGCAUCAUUUUAUUCCAUUUUAUUGAAUAUGAAAAAAUAAAUC